CUACACAAUUGCGGUGGACCCCAAUUCCCCAAAAAAUACAAUCAAAAGAAAACAGAGGAGUUUAGAAAGAAAGCAAUGAAGAAGUUUGGGAAUGAUCUCAUAUUUCCCAUCUCUGUCCUCCAUUUCUUCGUCUUGAGAAUCACAGGCAAGUGCAAGCUCAUUUCCACUCAAUUAUAGAGUGGGCCGCAGUAAUAAUGAAGGAUUUCUAAUCGAUCUUAUGAUUCCUGCUAUGAAGCCAGUUGACCAUCAGAUAUGGAAUAUAAGGUUUGAUGAUGUUGGUGCGAAUCAGGAUCACGUGAUAUAGAAUUGCUAUGUUUAUUAAGCUUCAACUUUGAGGUGUUGAGUUCCUUUCAAAUUGGUUUGUUUCGUUGCCGCAUGAUGAAGUCAUUUAAAUAUAACUCUGAAAUUGUCGAAACAAAAGAUGAGUUAAACCCAGUUCUACCAAAUGAAAAGUUUGGUAAUGCAAGACCUGCCGAAAGAGACGGAUGGAAGCCUCCAGUGAUGAAAAAACCAGCGAACAAGUAUUUGGAUGAUGAUAUCAACCAGCUAUUUGAGGCAAUUAAUCUCCGGGCAUCAACGAGUUUGGAUUUGUCUGAUAGGGUGAGAAGAGAUGCCUCAAAAAGGCCAAUGAGGGGACCUAAUUCAUCACAGGGAAUAGGGUUCUCUGACCCUGUCUCUAUAAAACAGGCACUCCGGGGAUUAUGCAUUUCUCAGGCAGCAGAAGUGGCUGCCAUGAAAAGGUUAUCAAAGCUCCCAGGUUCUCCCAGGUUCUCUUAUAGGUCUGAAGGAAUAUCUGCAGUGCCCGAAGAGGGAACUUCUAGUUUUCCUUCUAAGGUUCCUCUCCACCUUCAAGCGUCCACCUCAAGAUCAUUAAGCCGUAGUGCCCAAUCUUCUCCUAGAUAUAUACUUAGACCGGCCAGUAGUCAUAGAAGUAAUAGUAAUAAAAUAGUGCCAGCUGAAACCACUUCCAAUGCUUUUCAAAAGGUUCCUCAUCAUCUCCAAGAGCCCAAUGUUAAGUCACCAGACCAGAACGUUCUCUCUUCUCCUCAGUUUUUGGGCAAAGCGAUUUCUAAGAUUGCGGUAGGUGUCAUCCCGCAAGAUGAGAGUGUAGUUGGAGAAGGAAGUGUUUCAAGUUCAUUUGAAGAUCCCCAGAAAAAUCCUCCCAACCAACAAAAUGUUCCCUCCCCUCAACCUUUGAAGAAACUUGUUUCCAAGAGUAUAGAGUCCACUACAGUUGAUGAUGAAGCAGAAGACCAAACAAGUUCAGUACCUUCGUGCACCUCUGUUUGUGGUUUGGCAGAGAAAGAUGAGUGCUCUUCUGGCCUGAGCAAGGGAACAAGCAAUCUAUCUAGACGUGGUAGCCCCUCGAUUAAUAAAAUGCAUAAACUCAGACGGAAAGGUAUACCUUUAACUAAUGCAGUAAAGAGCUGCAAGGAUGUGAGGUCAACAAGAAGCACAUCCCAUGCGGCAAAACCAACUUUCAGGAACAAAAAACUGCCCAAAGCAAAAGCAAACCAGGAACUUAAACAACUUUCAGAUGAUCCCAAUCUCUCAGAAGAUGGCAGAGCUAUCUGCAAGAGAUGUCAGUCUGAAUUGAAGGACAAGAAAGACGAGUCUAGCAAUAAGCUUCAUACCCUGGUGGCUUCUGCUUAUCUCCCUACCGAAGUAAAUACUUGCUCCGAUAAACCUGGGCUUUGUGUUAAUCCUGUUUCGAAAUUCAACAAGAUCUCAAAAUUAAGAGGUGAUUUUUCCCAGAGCUCAAAGAGUAGCAUUGGUGACUACAGCUGUAGCACUACUGUCAGUGAAGAGAGCAAUAUGAGUGGGUCCAGUUGUGGAACAAAGCCACACAUGUCCAAGGAUACAAGAUGGAAGACCAUCAACAUGAUGAAGAAACAUCAUGGGUUUUUAGGUUUGGGUCAUUUCAAUCUAUUGAAGAAGCUUGGCUGUGGAGAUAUUGGUACUGUGUAUCUUGCUGAGCUGAUUGAAACAAGCUGCAUGUUUGCAAUUAAGGUUAUGGAUAAUGAAUUCUUGGCCAGAAGGAAGAAGCUGGCUAGAGCACAAACUGAAAGAGAGAUCUUAAGCAUACUAGACCAUCCCUUUCUCCCUACAUUGUAUGCACAGUUUACGUCAGAUAAUUUAUCCUGUUUGGUUAUGGAAUUCUGUCCAGGUGGCGAUCUUCAUGUGCUCCGGCAAAGGCAGCCUGGAAGAUAUUUUCUUGAACCAGCAGCAAGAUUUUAUGUUGCGGAAGUCCUCCUUGCUCUAGAGUAUUUGCAUAUGCUCGGUGUAGUGUACCGUGAUUUGAAGCCCGAAAACAUUAUGGUGCGUGAAGAUGGCCACAUAAUGCUCACGGAUUUUGAUUUGUCCCUUAGAUGUUCUGUUAAUGCUACUCUUCUAAAACCAUCACCUUCACCGGCCCUAGAUCCUGCCAGGAUCUCUGGUCCCUGUGCCGGAUCCAAAUGCAUUGACCCUUUCUGUGCCGGACCAUCAUGUAAAGCCUCAUGCUUUACUCCAUGGAACCGGCCUCCCACUCCAAGGUCAAUUAAGCUAAGAGUGGAAGAGGCUUCGUCUUUGCCACAAGUAGUUGUGGAGCCAACUGAGGCUAGGUCUAACUCUUUUGUUGGCACACACGAGUAUUUGGCUCCAGAGAUCAUCAAAGGCGAAGGCCAUGGGAGUGCGGUUGAUUGGUGGACACUGGGUGUUUUUCUUUAUGAACUUCUUUAUGGGAAGACACCGUUUAAAGGGGGAGGAGUUGAUCAAACCCUGAACAAUGUGGUGUUGCAGAACCUUAAGUUCCCUGACAGCCCCAUUGUCAGUUUUCAAGCACGAGAUUUGAUCAGAGGGCUUCUGGUUAAGGACCCAAAGAGUCGAUUAGGAUCUGAAAUUGGAGCAGCUGAGAUUAAGCGACACCCUUUCUUUGAUGGCCUGAACUGGGCACUUAUACGGUGUGCCACUCCACCCCAAGUGCCUGAAUUCUGCAACUUUGAAGUCCAAAAUAUUGCUUCUCAUCAUGACCAGAGCAACCCAAAGGCCAUACAGAACAGUUCCAUGAAAGGUCAGUUACAAUUCGGCUUGUUCUAGCAAUAAUGCACUUGUUAAUCUGUAUUUUGUAAUUUAUCGAACAACGAAAGUCCAUGUGUAGUUGCACAGUAGGUACCUUGUAGUGUAUCCCAGGUUUGUAAUGAUAAAAUUUUGAUCACGUAAUGUAAAUGUUCAGAACAAAUUUUCAUGAUACAU